AAUCCUCCGGUAAAACGUCGUCGUUUCCCCCUUGCCAUUUGCAGCCGACUAAACCCCAUUCGCACGCACACUGCUUGCAGAAAGGAAUAGAAUGCACAAAAACCCUAAACCCUAACCACCAGAAGCUGCCGAGGUUGCUUCUAGACCCUUCCUCUUCUCACUAGAAAACCCAUCUCUCCGCCUCUCUCCCAUUUCCAUUCUCGCGUCUUUCUCUCUCUUUCUCGUUCUGUGCACUCUCCAUUGAUCUUUUGACUUCACUCCUCCUUCCAUAUUCAUUUGCAAAUCCUUCUGCAAUUUGCAUUCAGCCAUGUACCGAUUCGCUUCCAGCCUCGCCACUAAAGCUCGGAUCGCCAGGAAUGGUGCUCAGCAGAUUGGAAGCAGAGUGAACUGGAACAGAAACUAUGCGGCCAAAGACAUCAGAUUUGGCGUAGAGGCCCGUGCUCUGAUGCUUAAGGGCGUUGAAGAGCUUGCUGAUGCUGUCAGAGUCACUAUGGGCCCUAAGGGUCGUAAUGUGGUUAUUGAGCAAAGCUAUGGUGCCCCAAAAGUGACCAAGGAUGGAGUUACUGUUGCCAAGAGCAUUGAAUUUAAGGACAAAGUUAAGAAUAUUGGUGCUAGCCUCGUCAAGCAGGUUGCUAAUGCGACCAAUGAUACUGCUGGGGAUGGGACCACAUGUGCAACAGUUCUUACUAGGGCCAUAUUCACUGAAGGUUGCAAAUCAGUUGCAGCGGGAAUGAAUGCAAUGGAUCUACGAAGAGGUAUUAGCAUGGCAGUUGACGCCGUUGUCGCCUACCUAAAAAGUAGAGCACGGAUGAUCAGCACGUCUGAAGAAAUUGCACAAGUUGGCACUAUAUCAGCGAAUGGAGAGAGAGAGAUUGGGGAGUUGAUUGCCAAGGCAAUGGAGAAGGUUGGCAAAGAGGGAGUUAUUACUAUCCAAGAUGGUAAGACAUUAUAUAACGAGUUGGAAGUUGUGGAAGGAAUGAAGUUGGAUAGAGGUUACAUAUCACCUUACUUCAUUACUAACCCUAAGAACCAAAAAUGUGAACUAGAAAAUCCCCUGAUCUUGAUCCACGAGAAGAAAAUCGCCAGUGUUAGUGCUAUUGUAAAAGUACUAGAGUUGGCCUUGAAGCACCAAAAGCCGUUGUUGAUUGUUGCUGAAGAUAUAGAGAGCGAAGCAUUGGCAACUCUCAUCCUAAAUAAACUUCGAGCUGGACUCAAGCUCUGUGCCAUUAAAGCUCCUGGUUUUGGAGAAAACAGGAAGUCAGGGCUUCAAGAUCUUGCUGCUCUUACCGGAGGACAAGUUAUAACCGAAGAGCUUGGAAUGAAUCUUGAAAAGGUUGACAUGGAGAUGCUUGGCAGCUGCAAGAAGCUUACAAUAUCAAAGGACGACACAGUCAUUCUUGAUGGAGCUGGUGACAAGAAAUCCAUUGAAGAAAGAUGUGAACAGAUCCGGUCUGCAAUAGAACUGAGCACAUCUGAUUAUGAUAAGGAGAAGUUGCAAGAAAGGCUUGCCAAGUUGUCUGGUGGUGUGGCUGUACUAAAGAUCGGUGGUGCAAGUGAAGCCGAGGUCAGUGAGAAAAAGGACAGAGUUACAGAUGCCUUGAACGCAACUAAGGCAGCCGUGGAAGAGGGUAUUGUCCCAGGUGGAGGUGUCGCUCUUCUUUAUGCGGCCAAAGAGUUGGACAAACUGCAGACUGCCAAUUUUGACCAAAAGAUUGGUGUCCAAAUCAUCCAGAAUGCAUUAAAGACUCCCGUGCAUACAAUUGCAUCUAAUGCUGGAGUUGAGGGAGCCGUUGUUGUUGGCAAGCUAAUGGAACAAGACAACCUAGACCUUGGGUAUGAUGCUGCCAAAGGUGAUUAUGUUGACAUGGUAAAAGCUGGAAUUAUUGACCCUCUUAAAGUAAUUAGAACUGCUUUGGUUGAUGCGGCUAGUGUUUCAUCCUUGAUGACAACAACUGAAGCUAUUAUAACUGAGCUUCCUAAAGAAGAGAAAGAAGCUCCUGGGAUGCCAGGCGGCAUGGGCAUGGACUACUGAGGGCCUUAGUGGUUGACAAAGAACUGAUGCGGAGAUUCAUAAACACUGGAUUUUGUACCAAAAUUGUUGAAGAGUUUGAGCUAGUCCCGUAUUUGGUCAUAGUGUGAGUGGAUGGAGGAUCUCUUUCGAUUUUUUUUGGGUUUUGUAGGUAGAGUUGUAGCUUUGAUGAAUUCGGACAAAGAUGGAACUGGUUGUUACUCACCCAAAGGGAAGUUGAUCUCUGAGGAACUAUUGCCUGUAUCUCCCACAAUAAAUCAUUUAUUGUCGAGAUUGCUCUACUGCUUGCAAAUGUAUCAUAACCCUGCUUGGAAAAUCGUCCUUUGAACGUCAAAGUAGAAACUGUCACUUUCUUCUUAUAGCUGAAAGAAACCAAAGUCUUACAA